AUGGGACGAAGAGUGCGAAGUAGCUUUCCAGAAUCUAAAGACCUACCUUACUUCACCUCCCCUGCUCUCAAAGCCAGCCGUCAGCUCAGCUCACAUCCGAGAAGAACUUGGGGCCCAACAUCCGAUAUUCUACACGUCAAAAGCUCUCCUCGAUGCAGAGACUCGCUACCGAAAUUGGAGAAGCUCAUUUUGGCCCUUGUGGUUUCUACGAGAAAGCUGCGACCUUAUUACCAAGCUCACCGAGUCAUCAUCAUGACCGACUUUCCUUUGAGAUCAAUCCUCCACAGCCCUGAUGCUUCUCAGCUACUCAUGAAGUGGGCUAUAAAGCUAAGCCAAUAG